AUGUUCUCGUUUGCUGACAUUCAAUUUGACCAUGAAGAGGAGAAUAUUCCUGAUCACAUGCUCAUGUCAGGAAAGCAGUUCAAAAUCUUGAACCAGAAGUUGAAUUUUUUGCGAUAUAUCAAGGCUAACACACGGAGUCGCAAUACAGUGUCUGGAAUUGAGGUUGAUGUUCUAUUGAGAUCUCAAGAGCAUAGGUUGAAGGUUGUUAUUGAACAGAUAGAAUCGAAAUACGAAGAGCGUGUAAAGCAUCAUGUUGAGAAUUUUCAAAGUGAAUUUAAACAGCUUCGUGAAGUAGCCGAAGAACAACAUAUUCUGUUUUUCGAAGAGGUCAAGAAGGUUCAAGAAUAUAUUAAUUUAAAGGUGGAGUCCCUCAAGUCAGAACUGUUGAAGGAGGUUACUAAAGUUGAACAAUGUCAUCUAUCACUUCAAACAAAACUAAAUGUUUUUUCAGAGGAAAUUCGAAAGCUUGUUGAGAAUUUUACUGCCUUCUCAAUAAAGGAUCCGCAAGUGUUCACCAAGACGGAAGACUUUUUGGCAAGAUUGAAGGAGUCCAUUUUAAAGCUUUAUUCAUCUCCCGAAUCACCUCCUUCUCAGGAGUCUUUAUCUCAGAUGUUUUCUUCUUUGGAAUAA